ACAGUGAGGUCCAGAUGGGGACACGGAGGUGACCCUGAGGUCCAUAUGGAUGUGGGUGACAAUGUGGUGACACUCCUGUCCCCAACCUUGGGGACAGUGAGGACCAGGAACCUCCAGGUGGCACCUCCGCAUUGGAGGACCCCAAUGGAGCGAUGGGUUCAUGGGGCGAUGGGUUCUUGGGGUCUUUGGUGGCUUCUGGGGGACACUGAGGUCAAGAAUGGGACACGGAGGUGACACCGAGGUCCACGUGGCCGUGGGUGACGCCGUGGUGGCCCCGUUGUCCCCAACAGGCGCUGAUGGAGCGCUUCAACGCCGACAAGCGCAUCUUCUGCUUCAUCCUCUCCACCCGCAGCGGCGGGGUGGGGGUCAACCUGGCGGGGGCCGACACCGUCAUCUUCUACGACAGCGACUGGAACCCGACGAUGGACGCACAGGCGCAGGACCGCUGUCACCGCAUCGGCCAAACGCGCGACGUCCACAUCUACCGGUUGAUCAGCGAGCGGACGGUGGAGGAGAACAUCCUGAAGAAAGCCAACCAGAAGCGCAUGCUGGGGGACAUGGCCAUCGAGGGCGGCAACUUCACCACCGCCUACUUCAAGCAGCAAACGAUCCGCGAGCUGUUCGACAUGGCGCCGGAGAAGGACGGGGACAGGGACAAGGACAAGGACAAGGACAGGGACAGGGACAGGGACGGGCCCCCCGAGGAAGAUGAGGACCCCGUGGCCACGCGGCGCACGCACAUCCUCGAGCAGGUCCGGCCCCGUGUCCCCAACCGUGUCCCCAACUGUGUCCCCAGCCGUGUCCUCCUGAUGUCCCCAUCCCUGUCCCCAUCUGUGUCCUCUUGAUGUCCCCAACCGUGUCCCCAACUGUGUCCCCAGC